CCCUCCACCCCAGAGCUCCUCCUCGGCCCGGUCCCCCUUCUGGGGGCUGCUCCAGACCCUGCAGGCCACCUCCGCUCUCUCUUUGCCUCCCUCUCCCCACAAGUUCGAGUGGGGACAGGCUGGGGCCACCAGCCAGCUCCAUGGACGGGGGACUUCACCUCUGCUCACCUCCCAGCUUUGGAAAGAAAAGAAGAAAGGUCUGCGUUGCUUUGCAUCUGGGAGAUCCUUCCCCGUCCUAAACUUCUGGAGGCAGGAAAAAGGGACUUGACCUCGGAUUGACUAUAAAGAAAGGAACAGAGAGAGCCUAGAACCUUCCCACAGAUGUUCCAGCUGUGACUUCUCACCGCAUCUUGAUGGGACCAUUGGAAGGACCACCCAUUGGCUGGACACACAAGGAAGCAGAGAUGCACACUGGUCCCCAGCCUGAUGAGAGGAGCAGGGGAUGGGGUUCCAGAGACAGGAGCGCUGCCCCUUCCCCUCUCCCCCCAGCCCUGUCCUUCAUCCUCCUAUUGCCACUGGCUGGUGCCCUACAGCCCACCUCACUGCCCUUUCCAGAACUCAGGCUGGUGGGGGGCCCGAGCCGCUGCCGGGGCCGCCUGGAGGUCCUACACGGGGGCUCCUGGGGCAGCGUCUGCGACGACGACUGGGACGUGGUGGACGCCAAUGUGGUGUGUCGUCAGCUGGGCUGCGGCCUGGCGCUGCCUGUGCCCCGGCCCCUCGCCUUCGGCCAGGGCCGAGGCCCCAUCCUGCUGGACAACGUGGAGUGCCGCGGGCAGGAAGCCGCCCUGAGUGAGUGCGGCAGUCGAGGCUGGGGCGUGCACAACUGCUUCCACUAUGAGGACGUGGCGGUCUUGUGUGAUGAAUUCUUGCCCACGCAGACCCUAACAAGGAGAGUGUUAACCAGCAGGGCACCCCCUACAACGCCCCAGAAUGGAAAAGGUGAGGGCAGCGUGCGCCUGGUGGGGGGCGCAGGCCCGUGCCAAGGCCGAGUGGAGAUCCUGCACGGUGGCCUGUGGGGCACCGUGUGUGACGACGACUGGGGGCUGCCAGACGCGGCCGUGGUGUGCCGCCAGCUGGGCUGCGGGGCGGCCCUGGCAGCCACUACCAACGCCUUCUUCGGCUACGGCACGGGGCACAUCCUGCUGGACAACGUGCACUGUGAAGGCGGCGAGCCCCGUCUAGCAGCCUGCCUGAGUCUGGGCUGGGGCGUGCACAACUGCGGCCACCACGAGGACGCCGGCGCGCUCUGCGCAGUCCUGGGCCACCCGACUCUCACAGCACUGCCACCGUUGGCCACAAGAGUGGACUGGGCCUGGCACACAGAGCCAGAGGCUACAGGAGUCGGUGCCCUACCUUCCAGGGAGCCCGCACGGCUCACCACUGCUGCCUGGGCGGCAGGGAAAAGCGGGCGGCUGCGGCUGGUGGGUGGCCCAGGCCCGUGCCGCGGCCGCGUGGAGGUGCUGUACGCCGGGGGCUGGGGGACCGUGUGCGACGAUGACUGGGACUUCGCGGACGCGCGCGUGGCCUGCCGCGAGGCGGGCUGCGGGCCGGCGCUGGGGGCCACGGGCCUCGGCCACUUCGGCUACGGCCGCGGCCCCGUGCUGCUGGACAACGUGGGCUGCGCCGGUACGGAGGCCCGCCUCAGCGACUGCUUCCACCUGGGCUGGGGCCAGCACAACUGCGGCCACCAUGAGGAUGCGGGCGCGCUCUGCUCAGGUCCAGAGGAGCUAGUCCAGCAGGAGGGUGCUGAGACCACCCGGGUGCCCACUCCUCGGCCCAGGGACGGACACCUACGUCUGGCCAACGGAGCCCACCGAUGUGAGGGGCGUGUGGAGCUCUUCCUAGGGCAGCAGUGGGGCACUGUCUGUGAUGAUGCUUGGGACCUGCGGGCAGCUGGCGUCUUGUGUCGCCAGCUGGGCUGUGGCCAGGCCCUGGCAGCCCCUGGUGAGGCCCGCUUUGGCCCAGGCCGAGGCCCUAUUCUCCUGGACAAUGUCAAGUGCCGUGGGGACGAGAGUGCCCUGCUGCUGUGCUCUCACAUCCGCUGGGAUGCCCACAACUGUGACCACAGCGAGGAUGCCAGUGUCCUGUGCCAGCCGGCGUGACCCAGCUUGCUCUGCAGACCACCUCUUCUGGGAGCCUACUGCGGCCUGCCCCUCUUCCUCCAGGAAGUCCUCCUCCUGUGACAGCAGCGGUUCACUCUGCCCUGCCCUCCCCUUGCCUGGGAGCGAGCCUGCCCAAAUGGUGUGGUCCUGCCUAGGGGAGCAUAGCCCAUCAACUUAGUAUGUGACCUCACUGUCAUCACCUAUGGUGGGCCCAGUUCAAUGAAAGCUCCCACUGUCUGCUCAGCUCAAACAGAAAGUGGUGGGAAGUGAAUAACUCCUAACUGUCCUCUUUGGCAGGGGUCCCGUUACGGGAACCCUGACCCAGCCUUCCUGGUCUGUGCUCCAGAAGGUUCAGCUGUAAAUGGGGUAUAUCCCUUCCCUCCCGCCUCUACUCAUCUUGGAAUCCUCAAGAAGAGGGAAGGCAGGAGAGGCCUACAGUUGUGACCUUAGACUGCCAAGGGCUGCAGAAGAACUGGGGUCAUUGCUCUGGCCUGCUAAAGAGGGCCAGAUGGUGCUUGGCUGGACAAGGGGACUGGAAGGGGCCAAAGCAAUGACAGUGGCCCCAACCUGCAGCUGGAACCAGCAACUCUGAUUUCUGCUGCCCCCAUGACACAGCCUCCAUUUUGCAGAUGCAAAGAACCCUGGGGGCUGUAGCCACCCGUUCAUAGGUGCCAAGUCAAUAAAGCAUUGUUUCCCCGCC